GCAAUCUGGAGUGAGGGGGCUGGGCCUGUAGCUAAGAGGCGGAGCUAGAGUCCAGUCGAGAUAGCAAAUAUUUGGAGCCACUGUAUGUAUGAAUGGAUGGGCGGGACCUGGAAGAGAAGCGACUGAAACCCGGGGACUAGACAGAGAACGAGAGGUCGAAAUAAAAAAGUUAAGGAUCGAAAGCUUUUGAAACCCAGGAUGGGACCACUGAUAUGGGAGAAGAUUGGACAGAGCAGGGCUGGGUAUCCGGAGCCGAGUGUUGUGUUGAGAAUACAGAUUCUAGAAAUCGUUUCCCAAUAACACUGGUUACUUCUGUGACACGGCUUCCUCUCCGGUAAACCGGAGAUGAUGAUGUAAAAUUAUGUGUAGCUAUGGUCAGUGCUAGAUUGGCACUAUUGUCAUUUUUCUCUGAUCCAAACCCAAAGCCUCGCUUUGAAGAUGCGGAAGAGGGAAGCCCUAAGAGUUCAACGCUUUCUAGUGACUUGAGUGCAAGUCAAGGGCAUAGGAAGGAGAUUUAGGUGGUUUAAGAUGUCACAAGGCAGGGGAUUAGUGAGCGGGUGGGGCGGGGAUGGUUAGCAGGUGCAGAGGGUGGAGCCUUCCUGAUCCCCAGGCCGAAGGAUGGCGGCCCUUGCCCGCCUGCUGGAACGUCUCCUUUGGCCAGCCCGCAAGGAAGAGGAGGUGGAGGAAGAAGAGGAGGGAUGCAGGUCUCCCAACCGGCCUCAGUCCCUCCUAGACGCGCCGCGUUGCGCCCAGCGGCCGCACGGGGGUGCGGCGGCAGCGUGGGGUCUGCGCUUCGGGGCUAGCGCAGUGCAGGGCUGGCGCGCACACAUGGAGGACGCUCACUGCGCUUGGCUUGCGCUACCCGGGCUGCCCCCGGGUUGGGCCUUCUUCGCAGUCCUCGACGGCCACGGCGGGGCAAGAGCCGCCCUCUUCGGCGCGCGCCACCUGAAGGGCCAAGUGCUCGAGGCGCUGGGCCCGGCGCCCAGCGAGCCCCAGGGCGUGUGCGAAGCACUGCGCCGCGCCUUUCUGAGCGCAGACGCGCGCCUGCGUGCCCUCUGGCCCCGCGGCGAGCCGGGUGGCUCCACCGCUGUGGCGUUACUGGUUUCCCCGCGCUUUCUGUACCUGGCGCACUGCGGUGACUCCCGCGCGGUGCUGAGUCGCGCCGGCGCCGUGGCCUUCAGCACCGAGGACCAUCGGCCCCUCCGUCCCCGAGAACGUGAACGCAUCCACGACGCGGGCGGCACCAUCAGCCGUCGGCGCCUCGAGGGCUCUUUGGCAGUGUCCAGAGCACUGGGAGACUUUGCCUACAAAGAGGCUCCGGGAAGGCCCCCAGAACAGCAACUCGUUUCCGCGGAGCCUGAGGUGACCGCCCUGGCACGCCAAGCGGAGGACGAGUUCAUGCUCUUGGCUUCUGAUGGCGUGUGGGAUGCGAUGUCCGGGUCUGCCCUAGCGGGACUGGUGGCAUCGCGCCUCUGUUUGGGCUUGGCCCCAGAGCUUCUCUGCGCGCAGCUGUUGGACACGUGUCUUUGCAAGGGCAGCCUGGACAACAUGACCUGCCUCCUGGUCUGCUUUCCAGGGGCCCCCAGACCUUGUGAGGAGGCCAUCAGGAAGGAGGUACUGCUCGAUGCAGCCCUGGGACGCAGAGUUGCAGAGCUGUGUGCCUCUGCCUCAGAGCCCCCCAGCUUGAACACAGUUUUCAGGACUCUGGCCUCUGAGGACAUCCCGGAUUUACCUCCUGGGGGAGGGCUCUACUGCAAGGCCACAGUCAUCGCUGAAGCUUAUUCUCAGUUCUGCCAGGCCUCAAGACAGCGCUGGGUGAAGGGGCAGAAAGGGGCUGAGGAACCCACUGCCCAGCUGGGACCUCAGCGGAAUUAAGGAAGAGAACUCCCCUUCCCCAGUUAUGCAGACCAGCGGAAGGAAGAGAAGCUGAUGGAGGAACCCCAGAACGUUUAUUUCCCUUUCUCCUACUUCCCUCUCAUAAGACGUCUUAUGAGAGAGGGGAAAUUCCACCCACCAGCUAGACCGAAAAAAAAAAAAAAAAUCCAAACCCCAAAACCAAAUGUCUAAUAAUUAGAGCUGACUGGACCCUGAAAAACACCCAGUUCAAUAACCUUCUCUUCGCUUCCUAUUUUUCAUCUAUUUGGCAGGGAGGUUGGGGAAAGUUUUUAUGAUUAAAUUUUAAUUACAUAAUUCAAAAUA